CGAAGGUUUGGUUCCCAGGAUUGAUCAAAAUUUUGAAGGAGACUCCGCGGCAUUCACGUCAUACAAUCGAUUUGAGUUUGCUCGUUUCCGCUGAUCCUCCAAUGACAAGAAGCCCGCUGAAGCCCGUCGAGCGGGUCGAGCCAAGGUUGCAAGGGUCGGCUAAUGGACGAUCUACUAGAAAAGUCCAAUUUCAAGGUUCGAAUAGCGCCGUUGUAGUAGUUACGGUCUCCCAGGUAUUCCCACGACAAUGAUGGGAUUCGAUAUAACUUGUCGCGACGGAGAAGAUGAACUCGGUCGGCGUUGCGUCUACAUACAUUUCUUCACCUUCUUCUCCCAUGUCCGUCCUUCAAGUUGUACUCGCUAAUCUUGCUGCCAAGGCCCAUUCUACAUUGGCCUACGCUAGCUCCUCAAAUUCCAAUGAGUCAGAGUGCUCCUCUGACGCGUCUUCUCUAGUAGAAGGCUCUUCACAGAGUGGUUCAAUAUCUGAAUCCCGUCUCUAUCUCGCCUUACCCCCACGAACUAACGAACAUCUGGCAGUCCUAUUGCCAAGGAGCCUCUGGAAGCCUGAUUCUCUCGCUACCACGUGUGAUAAUUUUUAUUGUCACGUCAAGUUCUCGGUCCUUGAACGGCGUCAUCACUGUAGAAAGUGCGGUGGCGUUUUUUGCCAUCAAUGUACUACUCGAACAACCCAUUUGCUUGACGUUUCCAAUCUCGAUUUUCUUCAUCCUCCGCGGAACGUGCCUAUCUCAAAUUAUGAUAGCCCAACGUCACCAGUCGUUGUAGAAAAGGUCUGCGACGAUUGUUGGGAUCAGAUUUACGGUUGCAAUUCGCCUCGCACUCCAGACGCCAGACCAUCCACUCCUAUGCUUGUCAAGUCUCCGGUAGAUUCUAGGGCUCCUUCUCCUAAUUCGUCUGUUUGUGCAUCUCCUGUGGACAGCCCAGCGCACCCCUCUCGACCCAUUCGCGUUGCUUGGAGUUCAUAUCAUCUCAGCACUGGACAUCUCCCAUUACCCACUUCCAUCGUAUCUCCUACUGAGCUCGAGCUCCCAGAACCAUCAUAUGGCGAACUCGAUGCAUACCCGCUACGGAGAUCCAGUAUCAUUUGUAAGGCAACAGGCGGCGGUCGCUGGCAACCCAAGCAUUCACCUCCCAAGAUUGGUGUUCGGAUACCUGGGUACAAGGCACCGUAUGAAAUUGAAAUGGAACGAGAGGAACAAGAAGAACGUCGUCGCUAUCAGAAUCCCGUUGUACGGGAUGGAGAGUUUCAAUAUCGAUUCCGGCAGGACCGAGUCGCGUCUACUCUUUCCCGCACUGUACUGUGUUCCCCCACUUUCUAGGUUUUCGCUUCGUUUUCUGGUUUUUUUUUGUUGUUUGUAUAUAUCGCUUAAGCUGUUGUAUUUCUUCGUCGUGCAUAUCUGCUUCCUACUCUUGACUGAUUUUGUUUAUACGUAAUAUUAUGGUUCAUGUUUCUCCAUGCUAAUCGACCUGUUGUCCUUGCAGUUAUUUAUCAUAUAUUGUGCUCCUAUAUCUCACUGCAUCUACGAUACCAUUGCUUGAUUGAUAUACUAUACAUACGAUUGUAUACGCUUUUGCUAUGCAUUCGAUUUAUCGUAG